AUGGCCCCUGCGGAGCUUGAACGCAACGAUCCUCGAUCCCGAAUCUCCGCCUCCUCAAGCGCUUGGAUCUCCCUUGCAUUCCACCGAGCCCAUGCUUUCACUGCAUCGCUAGCGACGGGGCUGGAACAGACCGUUGAUACCUCUGCGAUCGUUUCCGGAGGCCUGCUUCAAGGCCUACUCGGUGGCCACGAAAACCUUCCCCGCCGAACGCUCACGAGUUUUCAAAAUUCCGAUCCAUAA